GCGAACAGAUAGCAACACAAACUCUAUCAGCUCCAUGUAAAAAUAUGCAGGAAUAAGAACCGAUUCCAAGUAUUUACGUUAAAAAUAGCAUUCCUUAUGCCCCUUUCAAAAAGUACUUGCAACUCUGGAGAUUUUAGAAACUGGAAUAUUUCUGCUAUCAGCUGGAUGUGAUGUUGAGGAUUUUUGACACGGAUGAAACUGAGUAACGUUGCUAUUUGUUGUGUUUGUUGGCCCUUGAAAUCGGGUUCUAAAGGAUUUAUUGCAGCCACCAUUGCAUUUACCACAUUGCACAUGUACAUGUAUGCCUUUUCAUGUAUUCGAAUGUGGGCUGGGUUGUUUUGACGGAUUACCAAGGCAAGGAGAUUGGAAAUAAAUUAACCAAUGGUUUCAACAUUAGCAAACAGCUAACCCAACACCAGUCGUAGUAAAAACAAUGUCAGCUGGGCCAGCAGUGGACAAAAUCGACCCCUUCACAAAAAAGUCAAUGCGAAAGGGGAAACAGAAAAAAUCACAAGGAUCAUCGAAAUAUCGGUCAAAGAACAGCGUAGAACUCCAGCCUCUGGCUUUAAUAAAGGACACACCCCAGACGGAGAAGCACGACCUAGUGGUGAAGAAGCUAGGCCAGUGUAGCUGCGUGUUUGACUUCAUGGAUGCAGUGUCCGACCUGAAGGGCAAGGAGAUCAAGAGGGCUAGUCUAAAUGAGCUGGUGGACUAUAUAACGACAGAGAGGGGUGUGCUAUCAGAGGAAAUUUAUCCAGAAGUCAUCCACAUGAUAAUAUGUAAUAUCUUCCGCACACUGCCACCUAGUGAAAAUCCAGAUUUCGAUCCUGAGGAAGACGACCCUACAUUAGAAGCAUCAUGGCCACACUUGCAGAUUGUCUACGAAUUUUUCUUGCGGUUUCUGGAAUCACCGGAGUUCCAGCCCAGCAUAGCCAAGAAAUACAUCGACCAAAAGUUUGUUAUGCAGCUGCUGGAGCUGUUUGACAGUGAAGAUCCCCGCGAGCGAGACUUCUUGAAGACAGUGCUUCACCGCAUUUAUGGCAAGUUCCUGGGCCUACGCGCCUUCAUACGUAAACAGAUCAACCAUAUCUUCCUCAGGUUUAUUUAUGAAACGGAACACUUUAACGGAGUAGGAGAAUUACUAGAAAUCCUGGGCAGUAUAAUCAAUGGAUUUGCACUACCGCUGAAAAACGAGCACAAGAGUUUCCUGAUCAAGGUGCUCAUCCCUCUGCACAAGGUCAAAUGCCUCAGUCUUUAUCAUGCACAGCUGGCAUAUUGUGUAGUGCAGUUCCUAGAGAAAGAUGCAACGCUUACUGAUCAGGUCGUUAGAGGUUUAUUGAAGUAUUGGCCAAAAACCUGUAGUCAGAAAGAGGUCAUGUUCCUGGGUGAGAUCGAGGAAGUCUUAGAUGUGAUAGAGCCUUCACAGUUUGUCAAGAUUCAGGAGGUUUUGUUUAAACAGCUGGCUAGGUGUGUAGCAAGUCCACACUUUCAGGUAGCAGAGAGGGCGCUAUACUUCUGGAAUAAUGAAUAUAUAUUGAGUCUGAUAGAGGAGAAUUCAUUAACUGUAAUGCCCGUCAUGUUCCCUAGUCUCUAUAGGAUAUCAAAGGAACAUUGGAAUCAGACUAUAGUUGCACUGGUUUAUAAUGUACUGAAGACAUUUAUGGAAAUGAAUAGCCAAUUGUUCGACGACCUAACAUCUGGUUACAAGGUAGAGAGACAAAAAGAGAAGAAAAAGGAGAAGGAACGAGAUGAACUAUGGAAGCGCCUGAGUAAACUAGAGAUGAACAAUGCUGCUAACAAGAACAGUAAGGCCAAGUAACGGCGGUCCCCAAUUCCAGCGGUCAGCCUCUCCCCUGCUUGGUUCGGCUCGGCUCAGCUAGGGCUUCGGCUUGCCUCUGAGGCAAAGAAAGUUUAAAAAAUCAUGUCAUAGUUAGCAGUUGACUGCCAAAGUGUUUUGUGUGUGAUGCUUGCAUCUAAACCAGGAAUAGAAAAUAAAUUUGACACAAACAUAUCCACAGCUUUUCGCAUUUUGUGGAACGAGGUUUCUGAGGAGAAGCAAUUCCCUCGAAGUGUAAAAGAGGAAAAGACAACAAAACAAAUCUCUUCUGUCUUACUGUGGAGUUGAGGGGCCGGGCUGUUAGUGAGGUUCGUGUCGCAACCUUACGGUGACAGAAGUUAGUUCCUCAGCUUUUCUUCCUCCAUGGUUCUUGUAUUCAUUAGAUACUACAAAUGUAUUGUUGAUUUUUAUUAUAAACAUCAUAAAAAAACAAAAACAGAAGACCAUAGUUCCCCCCCCCCUCUUCUUUUUCUCUCUUACUGAUUUUCAUCCGUUUUUAUAGUUAUGUCUGUUGAGAUACUAGAUGUGUUUGAAAUAAUGUGGCCAGAAUAAGUGGAUAUGCAGGGGGGGUGGGGGUCUGGCUUUGAUUUGUAAGCCAGGGGGAACUUAUACUGCAUAUGAUUUUUAAAUUGUGAAUGAGGCAAUAGAAAUGUUAAUGUUUGUAUAUGUAUGCAUGAGUGUGAAAGGUCAACCUGAGUUUGUGAGUAUGCGUUUGGGUGUCAGGUGAGUGUGAGAGAGUGUGGUCAGUGAAUGGGUAAUUUUCAAAAUGGGAUAAUUAUGGCCGAGUUGCACAAACUCUCAUGCAACCGAUUUGAUAGACAUUGUGAGUGUUGCACAGAGUGGGUUUUUCCAGAUGGUAUGAGCCUAUUGUAUGCGGGCCCAAUUUCAUCUAGGUGCUUAAGCACAAAAAGUAGCUUAGCACAAUAAAAAUUACGCUUACCAGCUAAACAACCAAGUUACAUGUACAAUUAGUGACUGGCCUCCUGCUCAUUUUUGCUAAGCAGAAAAUCGUUCAGCAAUAUUUUUCGGCUUUAGAAGCAGCUCCAUAAAAAUUGGGCCCAGCACAAUGUCAUACUGAGGGAGGUUUUUAAAGCAACUGAUUCCUAAAUUGUAACAAGUCGGUGAUUAAGUGACUUUGAUCGCCAGCGCUGUGGCUGGCGACAUUGCUCUUCAUCCAAAGGGGGUAAACAAGAAAUGGCGUGUGUCGUAUCCAACGGUUUUAAACGAAUGUUUAUAUUAAUGUAUAGAUUGUAUUGAAUAACCCACUCUCAUGAAUGUUUCAAUGUUAUACAGAAAAUAAAUUCUUCCAGUUUGCAGCAGAAGUUUUAAAACAAAAUUGAAGAAGUUUGAGUCCCUGUGGGAUAUUGCAUUCUGCUAUAGGGAUGGCUAGCCUGGUUCGUAAAUAUUUUUUAGUUUUUAAGUGGACAUUUAAUUAACUUUUUUAACCAAAUCUGUGUUGGUUAUAAAACCUCUCUGCAUGAUGGUGAAAUUAAUAGACUGGUGCUUUAUAUGACAGCAAGAUUGAGUGUCGGCCUUAUCAAUACUUAAUGAGCUUUAUAAGUCUGGCACCUGGUACCACCAUUUAAGACACUAUCAUUGGUCUCCGGACAUGGUCACUACCAGAACUGACCAUUGUUCACCAAUUGACACUGACGGUUAAUACCAGUCCAAACCAGUCAAUACUGGCAAGUUGAGGCUGAUUUCUAUUGUCAAAUCAAGCCUUAAAACCAGUUGAAACCAGAUAAAAUAGAGCGACUUGAACCAGUUCAAGCCAGCUUGAACCGGUUCCAGCCAGUUUAAACCUGUUGACAAUAGCAUGUAUUUAACAAAGCAUCUACAAAUACAGCCAAAGCCAUGGCCAGAUCAACUGCAGCAUUUUCGUGAUCAAACUUCACAUUUCUCAAAAUUCCAUGAACUUUUAUGAUGACCUGCUGAUUUGGUAAUUUUGUCAUUUAUUUUUUAACAGAGAUUAAGGAAUAAUCAAAGCUUCAUACAAGUUCAGCUCAGUCAUAGUGACAAUGCCUAUCAGUAAUGUUGUCCUGUAGCAAUUUAAACAGUUAGCACAUUUUGUUUGUUUUCCUGUGAGCGAUUCUCCAUGCACAUUUUUGACUACACUGGUACGUAAACAUUGACUGUAGAAUGUCAGCAUCUAACCGAAUGUAUUCAUUUUUAAAUGAAUACCCAAGAUAAGAAAACGAGCAGCCGCGUUAAGUUAAGCAACAAUAUUUGAGGGGAAUACUACAACAUUUUAGACAGUACAGCCAAGGUUUCUGAAUGUUUUUAAUUGAUGUAAAUUAUGAAAAAGUGUUUGGGAGCAAUAUAAUGAAACUGUUGUGUACAUGUUUAUAUAAUGUUAAAAAAAUAAUAACAACAAAGACAAAUUCAGAUUAUAGGUACACAGUUUUGUUUUGUAAUGUGGAAACGUUAAUCAAAUAAGUUUGAUUACUGCAAAGUGUACGUGUAGUUGGGGUUAUUUGUUGUUUUGAAAAGAGUUGUACACAAUUGACCUUUUUUUGUUGUUAUUUAAGUUUGGUGUCCCGUCCCACGUCCCCAUGCAAUCAGUGUGUUUGAUCUACUUUGGAGAGGAUAUGCCUGGCUGUGAGAAUGAAUAUGAAAGGAUUGAGAAAGAAAUGAAUGAGGUUGGUACUUCGUAUGCACAGUGUAAAGUUCCGUUGUAAAGGCUGGUCGAGAUGUUGGUAGGAGUAAACAAAAUGUUAUAGCAUCCAGCUGGUUCCAAACCUGCUUAGCAGAAUUAUCUGCCAGCUAGGUGUUUGAGAAUGUUGUGAAUGGUCACAUGUUGACCUCUUGUGCAUUGGCUGCCUUCACUGUGGUUGAACAAUGGAAUCUUGCACGCGUUGUGCAUAACUUUUGGCCAAUGUUUGGUCUUCAUUGACCUCAGUGAUGGUACUGUUUUGGGUCUUGUGACGUCAUACGCAAGGGGUCUAUUGAUGGUCACAUCUUGCUUCAGUUGAUCCGUUGUAUGUCAAAUUUGGGAUGAAAGCAUUCAGGGUAAUAUACUUCACCCAUAUCUGCCAAACUACAAACACACAAACACUGUAAACGCCUGCCUAUAACAGAAACCUAUAGAUGUGCAAUAGGUUAGUGUCUUUCGCUUGCAUUAACUAAUGAUGGGAAAACAUGACAAAAUAUAUAACAUUCUAAAGAGAAAGAGUUUGUACUUUCCAAUGGUAUACAGUUUGUUGGGGGAUAUGUUUAUUUGUAAGGCAGUAAAGAAUUAAUGUUUAUUGCUUUGCAGCAAUGAGCACUAGGUGGGCUUGGGCAGGGACUGUGUGUUUGUACUGUGACCAGUCGGGCAGAUAUGGGUUCAAGCAGUACGCCUUACUCAUCCUGAAGCUGUAGUUUAGAUUCCCAGCCAGACCCUUAAGAUCUUGUUUUUGAAUACUUGAUACAGAACAGUUCAGCUGUGCACAAGAAUGGAUGAACUAAUUGUGUUACAAGUAUGUAAGCUGGAACGUUCACCCAAGUAUCCUUUCCUAAACAGUUUUGUUUCUAGGUACUGAAAGUCUCAGUUUGUUGAACUACAAAGCAGGGAACCAGUCAAAGUGUUAUACCUCACAUGAUGUUUUGACUGGUUACAGAGAAAUCCUUGAUUAUAAAAUUUAGGAAAAUGGGUAUGGGUCCGAGUUUGUAUCGUUGUAAAUGUCAUACCCAGUGAACAAUAUUCUGCACUGCAGCCCCCCCCCCUUUCCCCCACCCUCAAGAGUAGAAGAGUGUAAGCAAAAAUAAACUAGUUUGGAACAGUAAAAACCUUAGGAGCAGACAGAAUUGUCGAUGAUGAAUUGGCACUACCACUUAUAAGCAAUUGAAUUUGAUAAAAGAAAAUUUUAGCAGUGCUUGUUGAUUUGUGGUCAUGUUGUUGGAAUUUCAUUUUGAUUGCAUCCAGUAAAUAGCUCCAGGUUUUAGAUCAUUUUACCAGGAAUGGAUUAAGGUUAACUUUGACAUUAUGAUGGGAACGAGACAAUAAUCCAACUGUAUGUGUGUUAUUUGCUCUUUUCUUUUUUUUCUUUCAUUAAUGUCACUGGGUUGAAUACUCAUCAAGGAAACGAGGCAGUUCUAGGCUACGGAACUUAAUCCUACUAUAAGGAUGGUAGACCUCGUUCAAACUAUGACUUUUCACAAAUAGAGUUGACUUCAUUAUGGCCUUCUGAAGACUAUUCGAAGCUUGCAGCAUUAUUUGAAUGAUACUUUGCAUCCUAAGUGCUGGAUGUCUCUGGAAAACCAUUCUCUCCGUUUUUGGACCAUAAAGAUUUCAGUCUUGUGGUCACUUUUUCACAAAGCCUUGACAAAGCUCAGCUCUUUGCAAUUCUUUUGGUGUUCUUUAUUUGAUUUUGUUUUAUUGGUUUGUAUUUUUUAUUUUUUUUUUUUUUUUGGCUUGUAGUGGUCUUCUGUAUAAUAAAUGCCAACAACAUGCUCAAUAUUUAUACCAGAUUCACAAUUGCAGGUAGAGCAAUGUAAUCCUUGUAAAUACUACAAAUGCCGAGUAUAUAAACAGUAUGGGGCCCCAGUCGGCUAAUAGUUUUAUUGAGAUGAACUGUAGAUCUACAUAGGCUUAAUACAUGUUUUAUACCAACAAAUAUUUACAAGAGGAGUUGAAGUUUAUAUACCAUGGCACAUCUGUGAUCAUAUUUUGAUUUUUUUUUUUUUUUUGCUUUUUAAAAAAUCGGUAUAUUUUGUUGUUGAAAUAAUUGGCCAUUGUAGCACGGUUUUCUUUAACAAGAUCUGUAAAUGUGUAAAUGUUUGUGCAUUAAGUAAGAAGAAGAAGAAGAAAAAAAAAUUGGAUAAAAAAUUUAUUGAGAAAAAAAAAAGCUGAAAUGGUUGCACAUAUUUCUUAGUUGGAACGAAAGACGAUAAAAUAAAAUAAAAUAAAAAAAAACCUAAAAAAUGCAUUCAUCCAUUUUGAAAUCAUUGCAUUGUUAUCAUUGUGUCAUUGUCAACUGGUUAAACAGGCUGGCUCCUUAAAAAGAAAUAACACUUGUAAAAUUGAUAAUGAUAAUGUUGAUAUAAAAAGAAAUGAUAAAUUAUGUAAGUUAAGUGUGUUAGAUUUUUGAGUUGUCCGUAGCAGACCUGUCUAAUUGCUUCAUCCAUUCACCCUAUAAAAAAAAAAAAAAGUCAUGGCUUAGUCAUAUCACAUCUUAACUCCACACAGACUGCGGGCUUUAAAAAACAGUGGAUUUUUAUACACUACCAAACCUUCGUAUCAAGGAAUCUUAAUGUGAAUAUAUUUUAGUACAUAUUCAAGUAUAAGUCUCUUUUUUGUUCAAGGGAAACAAACAAUGAGGGUGGAAUUGUUCCGUGUGGAUUUAAGAUGACAAUAUUGUAGCAUCCUUUCUAUAAGAGCUUGCUGUGUACGUGGGUUAACCUUUUGACAUUAGUCACACGGUCCUCCGCUGCAUGCUUGUCUUUUUUUUUAUUUUCAUUACUUUUUUGGUCAUUUUUAUUUUUUAAAGGUCAAUAUUCUGUUCUGUACAAUACCUCUUGUUAUUAUGGAAUUAAAUACAAAAACAAAUAAAAUAAAAUAAUUAAAUUGGAGAUGUUAACUCUCCAUCCCCACGAGUUGAAGAA